ACUCGCAGACACAAUUUGUGCGAUCAUUACACUGUAUCAUGUUGGCUAGGGAGUUGCAAGGCAAUAUUUGAUGUUAAAUAUUCCGGUCCAUUUUAGCAAAAUUUUGUUAGUUUUUAUUUAGUUUUGAUAAUUUUUCUGCUGCUGUACAGGGGGAAGUCAAAGCUUUAAAUGUGCUCCGUGUUUUCAAAGCCCGAAAUAAUCGCCAGGAGGACUACUGUUUUGUUGAUGUCAUCCGCGGCAGAGCUGUAGCGACCUUCAGUUUUUAGACAAGACCAAGAUAAACAAAGACUGGUUUUGACGUGUUUUUUUCCGCCUUCGUUUUGUUUUUAUUUUUGCCAGACACGAGCAACGAGGAUGGGACUUUUGCUGCAUUGUGUCCUGCUGUUAUUUGUUUCCACUUUCACGGCCAGUUUAGAUGUUCAGCAGGGAUCCGAACCCUUCGGACACUCGGUUUUUUUGAAGCGUUCAAACACUGGCAACAGAGCUGCGAACAUCGUAAAGAGGUCUCUGCCUGCCUGGCUGGCUGCAUCACCGGGUCACAAUAUAAAACGAAGAAGCACCGAGCAGGGCGACUCCUGCAAAGCUCUUCAAGGAUCUGACACCAAGUUAGCAGGCAACACCCACAGUUAUACCUUCAAUGACCUGAGUGGAUCAGUGUCGCUGGCCUGGGUUGGAGAUGGAACAGGGGUCAUCCUGGCUUUGACAACUUUUCAGGUGCCCUUCUUCAUGAUAAAACUGGGGCAGUCCAAACUCUAUCGAAGUGAAAACUACGGGAAGACAUUCCAGGAUGUGACCAACCUAAUCAACAACACCUUCAUCAGAUCAGAGUUUGGCAUUGCCAUCGGCAAAUCUGGGAAAGUGAUCCUGACUGGAGAAGUGUCUGGAGGUCCUGGGUCUCGGAUAUUUGUCUCGGACGACUUUGGAGAGACAUUCACCCCACGGGACCUGCCCUUUAACCCCCUGAUGCAGAUCACAUACAACCCUGACAAUUCCAAUGUGCUGCUGGUCCUCAGCAACAGCUAUGAACUGUGGCUGUCUGAAGAUUUUGGCAGCAACUGGAAAAAGAUCCACGACACGGUGUGUCUUGUGAAAUGGGGGAGGAAAAAUACCAUCUUCUUUACAGCCAACCAGAAUGGAUCCUGCACUGAUCGCGGAAUGCUGGAACUGAAGAGGUCGACGGACUAUGGUAAAACCAUUAAGACUGUCGCCAAUAAGAUCUACUCAUUUGGCCUGGGUGGACGCUUCCUCUUUGCCUCUGUAAUGACAGGCAAGGGCACUUUGAGGAUGAUCUAUGUGUCAGUGGACCAGGGUGAGACAUGGAACAUGGCCCAGCUGCCCCCUGUUGGUCACGAGCAGUUCUACUCCAUCCUGGGAGCGAACGAUGACAUGGUCUUCAUGCAUGUCGACGAGCCAGGAGAUACCGGAUUUGGCACCAUUUAUGUGUCGGAUGACAGGGGCACUGUGUACUCCAAAUCAUUGGAGCGCCACCUUUACACCACCACGAAUGGCGAUACAGACUUCACUAAUGUCACCUCCCUGCGAGGAGUUUUUAUCACCAGUGUCCUGGCAGAAGAUAAUUCGGUGCAGUCUGUGGUGUCCUUUGAUCAGGGAGGGGAAUGGGUUCCCCUGCGGAAACCUGACAACACCAAAUGUGAUGCCACAGCCAAAGACCCAGACAAGUGCAGUCUCCACAUCCACGCAGCCUACAGUAUUGCUAUGAAACUGAACGUCCCCAUGCUGCCUCUGACUGAACCAAACGCUGUGGGUCUCAUCUUGGCUCAUGGGAGUGUUGGUGAUGCCAUCUCAGUGAUGAAGCCUGAUGUGUAUGUGUCUGAUGAUGGGGGUUACACCUGGAUGAAGGCCCUUGACGGGCCCCAUUACUACGCCAUUCUGGACUCUGGAGGGCUGCUGGUUGCUGUGGAGAAAAACCCCACCCAACCUAUCAACAAGAUCAAAUUUUCUACUGAUGAAGGACAGUGCUGGGGUACUUACACCUUCACCAAAGAGCCCAUCUACUUUACUGGGCUGGCAUCAGAGCCGGGAGCUCGAUCCAUGAAUGUCAGUGUGUGGGGCUACAGAGACUCCCUGCUCAGCCAGUACUGGAUCUCCAUCACCAUUGACUUCAGGGAUCUUCUCACCAGAGACUGUGAUCACAAGGACUACGUGCAGUGGUUGGCCCACUCUGAUGACCUCAGUGACCCCAAUGAUGGUUGCAUGCUGGGCUACAAAGAGAAGUUUCUGCGUCUCAGGAAAGACGCUGUUUGCUGGAACGGACGAGAUUAUCAGGUCAACACCCAGCCAACCCCGUGUCUGUGCACCCUGGAUGACUUCCUGUGUGAUUUUGGAUACUACCGUCAAGAAAACAGCUCGGAGUGUGUGGAGCAGCCGGACCUGAAAGGCAAAGUGCUUGAGUUCUGUCUGCACGGCAAUGAGGAACAACUGCAGACCAGUGGCUAUAGGAAAAUCCCUGGAGAUAAAUGUGAGGGAGGAAAGAUGCCCGAGCGUAAAGAGAUAGACCUCAGUAAGAGGUGUGUGAGUGACCUGGUGGGCCCUGAACUUCUGAUAGACAGUCGCUCCUCCAAGUCUGUACCCAUUGUGAUAAUGGUCAUCUUUGUCAUGCUGCUGAUCAUUGCAGCCGGAGUUGUCUUCAUCAAGAAAUAUGUCUGUGGUGGCAGGUUCUUGGUUCACAGGUACUCGGUGCUGCAGCAGCAUGUUGAGGACAAUGCUGUUGACGGGAUGGACGACCCUUUGGAGACCAACCACACGCAAAAUGGCAAGAUAGAGUUUCACGACGACUCAGAUGAGGACCUGCUCGAAUAGCAGGCACAACCUGUCGUACAACUGAGCAACAGGUUCACCCUGUGGCCGGCCGCUGCUCCUGUAACUCUUGUCUCCAGCUCCUUCUUCCUUUCACCUUCUAGUAUGAGGUUUGGCCUCAGCUACCAAAAGAAGAGUCUGCAUCACUCUGCUGUCAUCUAUGAAGUAUAAUGAAUGUACGGAGGCUUUCUGUGACUAAUGCCACAGUUGAGGAGGAGGAAGGAGGGGUUGUAGUGUUGUGCUUCAGCUAUUGAUUAUGUUGAUUGAGUUCAAGUCUCCAACUUAUUAAUUUAGGAAACAAAGUACUGACGCAGUAGUUUGAACUGCUGACAAAGGCAGACUUAUGGGUUCUGACACCAAGCUAGUUGUAGAAAUCCACCACCAUUGCAUUACGGGUCCUGCCUCUCCCAUCACCCGGUGGUGCUCCUGGAAAUACUUCUCCCUUCUGUUGAAGAUCUUUGACCUUUUUUUUCCCAUGCACUUGUACGUAAACUUAUUUUUCUUUGCCAUUUUCGACUUGGUAUCGAUUUAGUUGGUUUUGAAAAAGAUUGCUGUUGGUAGCUUGUUAAUAACUCUCUUAAACCACUUCCCUACUUUUUAUCAAAAUAUUUGUUGGUCAAAAUCUGUGCCCCAGACGGCCAAGAGAAUGUAAAUGUGUUAUUUUCAGCCUCCCGAUUUGUGAAAUCUCCUAUUGUAAUCUAUAUUUGGAAUACAAUCCAGAAUACUUUGACUUUGUGGCAUUUAGAACCACGGUUGAAGUAAUAAGACGUAAAUUGAAGUUUCCAUUUGUAUUAGUUUUUAUAGCAAUAACAAUGUUUAGAUUCAUUAUGUUGUCAAUGCACAUUAAGUAAUCCUAUUGGCACAAUAUCUCUCACGCAUCCAGUUUUGUCCAGUUGUUUUAUGGAUGGAAAUGUCAUUGCGUGAAACAUUAUACGCAUCAAUGUAUAGGGUGGUAAAGUGUGUCUGUUUCAAGACAGGAUUUGUUCCAAAAUGUUUGUCUGCAGUUCUAACUGCCUAAAGCACAAUGUCCCUUGUAAGCUUGGUUUGUAGAUCAACAUUUUUCCUAAAUGUGACCUAAAGAUUAACGUGAUAAGACUGUAAUAAUCACUGUAGUCUUAUACAAGUCAUGUUUAUAACCAUUUGAGCAGUUUUUGUACUUUUAAUGAACUUUUAACUUGUGUAACAAAUUGUGGUUUGAAGAUGUUCUGAAACAAUAAGGGUUUAAUAGUAAAUAUCUACAGAUAUUUUUACAUCAAAUUCAGAUAACUGAGUACAUUGAUGUGAUUCGGCAAUAGAAGAAUAGAAGCAAUAAGUAAAAAUAAUUAAAUCAUGUAACUGUGGCAUAAUUAACACUGAAGCCUGUAAGAGAUAACAGACAUGGCUGUUGUUGGUUAUUGAAAGGUUCUUAUUUCACAGUGAACUGCUGUUAUUUCUCUUUCAUCAUCUUGAUACUGCUGUUUUGCUGACUUUAACCGGAUUGGCCAGAGCCUUUCAACAGAUCUGUCCUCUCUAUCACGUCGUCUUACCAGUUAUUUUCCCCCCCUCUUUUAAGCAUUUGUUGCACAAUUAUUUCUCUGCCUUGUUAGAUAAAUGUCUUUCCUACAGGUUUUUAUUUAUUUGUGACUUGCAGGUUCAGAGUGCAGUAAAUUGGACGUGGUUACAUAAGUGCCUGGUGUAGGAUAUGAUGUGAGGCUCUCCCAAUGUGUAGCCGGCAUCUAUGUACUGAUAAUAUUUAUACCAGCUGAUGUGUAACCAAUUCCAUCAAUUUUGUCAGUGACACACCGAAGUUGCACUUGUUGCCUAAGAGGAAUCCUUGAGCAGUGACAGACGUGUUUCAUACGAGCUCCCAUUGAACUGCAUGUUAACUUCCUCUCCUAAAUCAAGAGCUUUGUAAAAAAAAAAAAAAAUAGUCUACAAUAACCUGGUUAUCCUCUGUUUCAUGACUUGGCACAAUACAGAAGUUAGAGUGAAACUAUG